UUGUGUAUAAAGGGUAGACAUACUUUAUCAGUCGACACUUACGUAAGGAUCAGCGAAAUAAAUUUGUGAAAAAUUGUCUUUGUGAAAAAUAUGUCUGGGUUCCCUGAUUUAGCCACAGAUGCUGUUUUGAAGCAGUCAGUGCCCGUCCCCGAGCACUUUCAGGAAGUGAAGGGUGUUGACUAUUCGAAGCCCGAGAGCCGCAACGCCCGCGCCUCGGACCUCAUCGACUCCAUGAAGACCAUGGGCUUCCAGGGCUCUUCUCUGGCCAAAGCUUGUGAAAUCAUUGACGAAAUGAGGACCUGGAGAGGUAAACACAUUUCAGAGCUUGCCGAGCAUGAGCGUAAAGGAGAGUUCGACGAGAACGGGUACCAAAAAACGACCAUCUUCAUGGGGUACACCUCUAACUUGAUCUCCUCCGGUCUCAGAGAUACCCUACGGUUCCUGGUACAGCACAAGAUGGUGUCCGCCAUUGUUGCAUCAGCUGGAGGAAUUGAGGAGGACUUGAUCAAAUGUCUUGCUCCAACUUACAUGGGCGACUUUUCUCUGCCUGGAAAACAGCUUAGAGAUGACGGUAUGAACAGAAUUGGAAACCUGAUUGUGCCUAACGACAACUACUGCAAGUUUGAGGAGUGGAUUGUCCCCGUUUUGGAUAAAAUGCUGGAGGAGCAGGAAGCUUCUGCUGUCAAAAACGGUGCCAACGCUCUGGACGCAGAUGUCCCUUUCUGGACCCCAUCCAAGGUCAUUGAUCGCUUGGGACAGGAAAUCAACGACGAGACGUCCGUAUUGUAUUGGGCCCAUAAAAAUCAGAUCCCUAUCUUCUGUCCUGCUUUGACCGACGGCAGUAUUGGUGAUAUGCUUUUCUUCCAUACUUUCAAGGCCUCUCCUAAGCAGCUGAGAAUCGAUAUCGUUCAGGAUAUCAGACGCAUCAACUCUUUGUCCAUGGAGGCCUCGCGCGCAGGAAUGUUGAUCCUUGGAGGUGGUCUGAUCAAGCACCAUAUCUGCAACGCUUGCUUGAUGAGAAAUGGAGCAGACUACGCUGUCUAUAUCAACACCGGCCAGGAGUUCGAUGGCUCGGAUGCUGGUGCUCGUCCCGAUGAGGCUGUGUCCUGGGGAAAAAUCAAAGCCGAUGCUAAGAGCGUCAAGGUUUUCGCCGAUGUGUCAUUGGUGUUACCGUUGAUUGUGGCUGCUACUUUUGCGAAAGAGUAAUGCGGUUAUAAUAAAUAAAUAAAUAGACAAGGCUAGACUCGUUGCGUAACUUUGGCGUCCCAUUCAGCAAUUUUCGGCUUGGCGGUGUUGUACGUCACAAAGGCUCCUUUGGUCUGCGUGUAGUUGUAGUGGUGAACCUUAUUCAGAGAAUAGGUGAUUGCUUUUUCUUCGGGCUUCAGUUUCGAAGGAGGCUUAUCUGUUCCGUAUGCCAACCAGUAGUGCCAUCCAGGCUCAAUGUGCGACACGUCGUAGUCCCAGAAGUUCUUGUACUCAACCCAUCUUGUUCUCAUAUGAAUUUCAUCGGGGUCUUUGGUUUCGUAAAACUUAUUCCCAAAAUCGUCCUCGCCAACAAGAACUCCAGAUUUUGUGUCAUUGAUCAUAGCAAUCUGGCGAAGAGACCUCUUGAGGCCGGUUCGCCAGAUGUUUUUGACCGUCC